AUGAUCGGCGUGGGGGCCUUCGGGUCCGUACGCCUUGUGGAGCACGUGAAGACUGGGGCACGAUAUGCGCUCAAGCGGAUCAAGAAGGAGGAUGGCCAGGUUCCCAUGGAGAUUCAGGAGGAGUGCAACCUCCUUGGCAUGGCGAGCCAUCCUUUCGUCCUGCAGCUCGUGAGGUCCUUUCAGACGGAGAAGAGUUUGUACAUCCUCACCGAGCUCAUCACCGGGGGGCAGCUCUACGAACAGAUGCGGGACAAGAUGGGCACCGCCAGUCGCCGACAUGCCCAGUUCUACACGGGCUCCUUGGUGCUCAUCCUGGAGGCCCUGCACCUGGCGGGCGUGGCCUACAGAGACCUGAAGCCGGUUCCGCGGCUUUGUGAUUUUGUUUCGGUGGGAGCUCGGGUGAGGAGGGUCCCCCAAAAAAGGGGCCUUAAGGAUUACCGAAUUACCCAUACGAUUUUUGGGGGUUCCUUGAAUUAUGACUAUAGUAGAAUAGACCCCCAAACCCUAUUCUGA